AUGGUCGUUUCCACUCUCCUUCUCCUGAUCAGCCACUCCGCUACCAGAUCUGACGUGGGCGUCAUCGGAUGUAACGACGUGAGGAGCAAAGCCAAGCCGUGCUUGAGCUAUUCCGAAGGCAAAGGAGACCAGAAUGUCGUCCCUCCAGCCUGUUGUGGCGAGAUGCGCAACAUCUCCGACGAAGCGAAGACCGCCGAGGACAAGAAGGGAAUCUACAACUGUCUGAAGCAUGUCUUCCAGAUGUUAAAGAAAGGACUGAUCGACAUCUGUUAA